AUGGCACAAAAGCGGCUCUUGCAGGAGUGGCUAGCCCUCGACAAGGAGAAAUGGGUACACAUCGAGACGGAUGAGUCGAACAUCUUGCGAUGGAAGCUGGGCCUCUGGGUCGUCAACCCGGAUAGCGUUUGGCACGGAGCAUAUUUCCAGGCCGACAUGAAGUUCUCGCCCAACUAUCCGUACCAACCGCCCCAUUUCCGCUUCCUCACGAAGAACAUAUGCCACCCCAACGUCUACACCGACGGCAACUUGUGCAUCUCCAUCCUCCACAAACCCGGAGACGACGAGCACUCGGGCGAAUCGGCCAGUGAGCGCUGGAACGUGCUCCACGGCGUCGAGUCCGUCCUUCGCUCCGUCCUUCUCCUGCUGGAUGACCCCGAGAUCAACUCGGCGGCCAACGUCGACGCCAGCGUCCUAUACCGGGAUUCGAGCAGCGAAUACAACCGCAGGGCAAAGGCCUUGGUCGCCCAGUCGCUGCAAGAUGUCCCGGAUGGGGUCACCAUGCCCACCCCGGCACAGCUGGCUGCCACCCCCCCGCCGAAGCAAGCCGACGACGACGACGCCGACUUUUGGAUCCUGUCCGACGACGAGGAGGAAGACUUUGGCGGCAGCGACAGUGACGAGGACAUGGGCGACUUUGAGGAUGAGGAUGAUGACGAGAUGGACGAGGAGCACAAGAGGUGA